AUGAUAAUAAUUCAGACCGUGCACAGUGAUAUUGGCCAUGAAUUUGUUGAUGUUAAUUUAUACAGUAGAUGGCUGGUGUUUUCUGAAGACCAUUUUUGUGCUCAUCCAAAGUACUAUGAGAAUUCAUUUCCUCAUGUUGACAACGGUAGUGUUAAGAAACGGAUGUUAAGUCUAGAUGCGUUUGGUGGCCAUACACGUCAGUCUGAUACCUAUCCGGCAGUUGAUUCCAGGGAAACGACAAGUGUGGAAAGCUGUGGCGAAUGCGCUACCACUUCGUUCUCGCAAUCAAACGUGCAAAAGUCCACCAGUUUGAUACGUAAGACAGUUUCUGAGCAAAUUUUUGUGCGAUUAUUAAAACACCGUUGGAAUUCUGAUCUAAGUGAAUCAGAUGCCACCGUCGCGAACAUCCCUGUUGAUGAGCAGAUGCCUGUGAGUACAAGCAGCAUUAAUGAGAACAGUAUGGAAGCUGUUUCGCAGCAUGUGCCAUCUAAAAUGCCACCACCUCACAAGGAUCUUGACGAAAUAAUUACGGAUUUUUUCAAGUAUUUCUUAUCAUUUCAUUAUCUUUACUGUUAA